AAACUAAAUAUUAUCUUGCAGUGAAUGGCAUCACGCCCUAAGUUUUUUGUGGAGCGAACUAAAACACAAAAUGACUUAUUGAAAGAACUUGUAUCAAGACAAACAGAAUGCUCAGAAACAUCGCACCAGUUUAAAAAAUGUCAUUCAGCAGCAUUGAAAAGUCUUCCCAACAACAAAUAUCUAUCUAUCAAUUCAAAUGACGUGCAGAGGAGAAUAGACGGACUGAUAAGGAAGUUCCGAGUGUCAUCCCAACAGGAUCUGGGAGAUGACCUGCAAGAAGCUACAGAAGAGUACUUAACACAGGGGAGGGAGGAGGAUGCUAAAGGAAGGGAGGAUGUGGAUGUGGAGUAUUGUGUCAUGCAGUUCCUCAUGCAUGUCUCAAGGAAUCCUGUCAAUCAAGCUUACAAACGAGAGAUAGAAGAAGAAACUGAGACGGUAGAGGAGACGGUAGACUGGCACGCUAUCCUAGUGGCAGACUUUGAGUACUCUGAUCCCAGCGAGGAGGAGAUAUCCAGUGGGGAGGAGCUGGACAGUGAGGAGGAAAGUGUAGAUACCGGCUACUCUCGUCUUCCUCUUGUGCCGGUGAAGGAACCAGAGAUGAGUCCAGCCAUGAUACCCAAAUACGCUGACAUUUGCCAGUCUCUUGUUAAGCAGUACUGGAGGAAUGAUGCUAAUCUGGAGCCUAUUACUGAGCUGCAGAUACUGCGGGAGAUCCUGACAAUGCUUCAAGGAGCCCCAACUAGCUUCAUAUUCCCCGUUUUUGAUGAACACAAAGUGUACCUUAGAGAGGAUAUAACAGUUCAGCACUACUCUCAAGAGGCACUAUACAAUGUCCUCAACUACUUCCUCGACAUCAUUCAGAUGGUGCAAAGUCUGCACUAUGUGAGUGACGAUGUGCUGAACUAUGUUGCACAGCCCUCCCACCCUUACGGCAGUAGGACUUACCAAGCCUUUGCGUGCGCUAUAUUCAUGUACUUGCAGCAGCUCACAAGCGCAAUGUCUAUCAUUGAGCGCAAAGUAAUGAGGCAAAGUGAUGUAGUAACGGUAAUACAACUAAAGGAAUGUAUCAGGGGCCAGUGUGAGAUAGUCAGCGCUCUUUACGACAUGGUAGAAGAGAUCCUGCAUGAUAUAGACUUGGAUAGUCCGAGUGUGUGUGUAACCCGACUCAUCAACAUUUUGUUCAAUACACUGGAGUUGUAUGAGAGUAUGGGCAUUCUGUCACAACAUGUUACCAAGGUACUGCUAACAGUAUUCCUCUGUACUUUACAACCGCUCCUCACCACCAUCGACACUUGGCUCUCGCACGGGGAUCUCAACAACACCACCGACGAACUGUUCUUAACACGUGACCCUGAUAUAUCCAUUUCUUCUACAGAGUUCUGGGAAAGUGGCCUUGUCUUCAAGGAUAAUGAUUUAGGUCCUGACAGCCAGAUUCCAGGCAUAUUUUUACCGUUAAGGGAAAAGUUGUUAAAGGCAGGAAAAGCGAUCGAGCUAAUCAGUAAGUUAGGAAAACUUGGUGAUCCAGACGCGGAUCUUUUCCACGUAUUCAUCAAGAAGUAUCUCGGUAAAUCCCUGUUAAGCUCAGCCCCAGAGGUUCCCCAAACGACUCUCAUCCCGUUUGAGUUAGGUAAUGUUGAUCAGUGUCAGAGUGACCGUUUGCUGACAUCACUGUUCGUGGACAUGGCAAUGAGUUUAUCUCCCCAAAAAGAAGAGGUCCCAAUUUACAGCGAGAUUUUCAACACUAUAGGCAAACUACACAUCCUUCCAUCUACAUCAAUCCUGAAGAUCCUAGUCCCUCUGAUGGAGAAACGCUGCACACAAGUUUCAUUCUCUCUCCUCAAAAUACUCAGACACGACUUCCACCUGGACGACCAUCUUAACACCCUUAGAAAAGUCCUGCUGAUGGAAGCUGGCCUCCCCAUGUCCACAUUCUGCGAAGAAAUGUUCAAAGACGUCUACACGGGUGAGACGUUACGAGGGAUGACACCGUUCUUGAGGGAGUGCAUGUCCCCCUUCACCAACUACUCCAACCACUUGAGAAUGGGUGUGGUCAAACAACAGAACCCUACCAAACAAACCACCAGCGAGUUGGACAUGUUCCAGUGUGUUAAAGUGGACUAUUUGCCGCCAUUUCCUGUUGACAUUGUGUUAGAUAACGAACUGCUGGUUAUCUAUCAGAAGGUUUUCACACUGUUGCUGCAGAUAAAGUACACAGCGUGGUGUGUGUUACCUCUGGUGGUGCAGUCUAACUUGCAACACCCGCUCUCAAACCAGGUACACUGUUUUAGGUACGAGCUUAUUAACUUUAUCAAGGUGAUCCAGGCGUACACAAUGCAGAGGGUGCUGCAUUGUACCGGUGCUGACAUGCGCCGUGAACUGGACAAAGCGCUGGAACUUGAUGAGUACGUGCAGAUUCAUAAAAAGUACUGUAAUAUUAUGGAAGAGUACUGUCUCCUUACUCCGGAAUAUUCAUCUUGUUUGGGUGCUAUCAGACAUGCUCUUAGCAAGGGUAUAAAGUUCAGACGUGUGCUGGAUGCUGAGGAGUUGGACAAUGUGGCCCUCGAACAGAUCAUGAGAGAUGUACGGAAGUGUAUUGAGUUUGUAACCAACUUGGUUAAAAAGCGGAACCAGGUGGCCAGCGUGCCCCAGCCUCAUUUCGAUUGGUUGGAGACUUCAUUGUCCUGAUACAAAGUUACUGUGUUCCAAUCUCGUUUAUUUGUAUUGUCAGGGAAUUUUGUAUUCUUUUAUUAUUGUAAUGCAUAUUUAAGAUACGUUGAUGACAAUUUACUUAUUUUAUAUUAUGUAGCAUUGUAAAUUUUUGAUAUUUGUAUCUUUUGUAUUUAUUAACGACUUAUGGAUGCUUUCAUUGAAUUUCUUCAAUUAUGAUUAAAUGUAUAAGAUUGUGAUAUAAUGGAAUUGACCAAAAGAUUCUUAAAAUU